GGCGUCACCAUCCAAAGGCAUUCACACACGAAAAACACACGGCAGGUCUCAUGCAGAUCUGUACAACAACACCGCCCCAUCGUUGGUCACUCAGGGACGGAGAGAGAUGCAUAGUCACUCAGUCAGACAGACAGCCAGCCAGCCAGCCAGCCAGCCAAACAGACAGACAGACAGGCAACAGAUUAGACAGGUGCGUCUGUGUGUAUGCUAAUUCCCCCGGCCGGCCACGCUAGUAGCAACAUCAGGACCGACGCUGGCCGCCUGGCCUUUUCACGACGGCCCCUCACACGCCACACGCGCUUGCACGGCCCCUCACCCCCAUGACAUCCCAUCAGCGAUGCCGAUGGUCCGUCCGUCUGUUCGGGCGUCUUCAAGAGAUGCAGCACAGAUCCGGCAGACGACAAAACUGCCGGCCGCCACCUAGAUGGCGGCCAGCAGUGUUUGUCCGUCCGUCCGUCGUUGGGUGGAUCUGGUUGCAUGGUCUUGAGGACGCCCUUAUCGUCAUCCGCCGCCACCUCUGACGUUCAUCCUCGGCCGGAGACCCCUCAUGUUGGGCCCUGGUGGCCCGCCAUCUCCCGGCCGCCGGCGGCCGUUGCUGUUGACCUGAGGGUGGAAGAGCGUCUUGAAGAACAACAACACCUGCAGCCGCGACACGACAGACAACACACACACACACACAGAUGUAUGUGGCCUGGCGGCUGGGUGCGCGUCGGUUCUUUGGGGACCCACCAUGGCGACGAGCCACCAGAAGAACCGAAUGAUGGGAUUGUUGCUCUCUGCGGGACCCUCCUGCAACCAAACACGCAGCGCACACACGUGUGUCGCUCUACUUCGCAGCGGAGCGUAUUCUCUGUAAUCCAAUCACCCACACCUGUAUUUUGCCGCCGACGAUGCGCGGAGGAGCCCGCUCCAUCCUUGUCGGCUGCUACAAGGCCCGGUAGUCGCCCUUAAGACUGGAGUUCUCCUCUGAACGAAACACACAAAAGCCACAGCAGGUCAAAUCAAUUGAGUUUGGAAACGGGCUCAGCAACAGUCCACGCUACCUUUGUGUCCUUCCGUUCUUCCUUCUCCUCCC